CACUCUAAAUAGAAUGUAUUGUAAUCUUUGCUCAGUCCAACGUGGUCCCUUCACCCGGGCUCCGCUCUUGCCUUCUCCACACUUGUUUGAUAUAUGAGGAAUCCAAGAUGAAUUUGGAGCAGGAGAGGCCGUUUGUCUGCAGUGCCCCAGGCUGCUCCCAGCGCUUUCCAACAGAGGACCAUCUGAUGAUUCAUAGGCACAAGCAUGAAAUGACUUUGAAGUUUCCCUCGAUAAAAACAGACAAUAUGUUAUCAGAUCAAACUCCGACCCCAACAAGAUUCCUGAAGAACUGCGAGGAGGUGGGCCUCUUCAGUGAGCUGGACUGCUCCUUCCAGCAUGAGUUCAGGAAAGCUCAGGAAGAGGAGAGCAGCAAGCGGAAUAUCACAAUGCAUAAUACAGUUGGUGGCGCCAUGACCGGACCUGGAACUCAUCAGCUGGGCAGCACCCGGAUGCCCAACCACGACACCAGCGUUGUCAUUCAGCAAGCCAUGCCAUCACCUCAGUCCAGCUCUGUCAUCACACAGGCACCUUCCACCAACCGCCAAAUUGGGCCUGUUCCAGGCUCUCUAUCUUCUCUGCUUCAUCUCCACAAUAGACAGAGACAGCCCAUGCCUGCCUCCAUGCCUGGGACGCUGCCCAACCCUACGAUGCCAGGCUCUUCCGCUGUCUUAAUGCCAAUGGAGAGACAAAUGUCUGUGAACUCCAGCAUCAUGGGGAUGCAAGGCCCCAAUCUCAGCAAUCCCUGUGCUUCUCCUCAAGUCCAGCCAAUGCACUCUGAAGCCAAAAUGAGGUUGAAAGCUGCCUUGACUCACCAUCCUGCUGCCAUGUCAAAUGGAAAUAUGAACACCAUGGGACACAUGAUGGAGAUGAUGGGCUCCCGACAGGACCAGACGCCGCACCAUCACAUGCACUCACACCCGCAUCAGCACCAGACACUACCACCCCACCACCCCUACCCACACCAGCAUCAGCACCCCUCCCACCAUCCCCACCCACAGCCCCAUCACCAGCAGAACCACCCGCAUCAUCACUCCCAUUCUCAUCUUCAUGCGCACCCAGCACACCAUCAGACCUCGCCACACCCACCCCUGCACUCCGGCAACCAAGCACAGGUUUCACCAGCCACACAACAGAUGCAGCCCACCCAGACAAUACAGCCGCCCCAGCCCACAGGGGGGCGUCGGAGAAGGGUGGUGGAUGAGGAUCCUGAUGAGAGGCGGCGAAAAUUUCUGGAAAGAAACCGGGCAGCUGCUACCCGUUGCAGACAGAAGAGGAAGGUCUGGGUGAUGUCACUGGAAAAGAAAGCAGAAGAACUCACCCAGACAAACAUGCAGCUUCAGAAUGAAGUGUCUAUGUUGAAAAACGAGGUGGCCCAGCUGAAACAGUUGUUGUUAACACAUAAAGACUGUCCAAUAACAGCCAUGCAGAAAGAAUCACAAGGAUAUUUAAGUCCAGAAAGUAGCCCUCCUGCAAGUCCUGCCCCGGUGUGCUCACAGCAGCAAGUCAUCCAACAUAACACCAUCACUACGUCCUCAUCCGUCAGCGAGGUCGUGGGAAGCUCCACACUCAGUCAGCUUGCCACACACAGAACAGACCUGAAUCCCAUUCUUUAAAAUGCAUGGGUUAGACUCCUCCUCCAAGAAGAGCUAUAGCAUUUACCACGCAUCCUUUCUUGUAAGGGCAUUUUUAGAAUUAACUCAAACCUGGAAGACUCCUCAGCCCUUCAAAGACUGGCUUUCAUUUUUAUAGUUAUUAUGGAAAUGUUGUCUUUUAUACGUAGUUAUAUAAGAACAAAAAGGGAGUUAAUGCAAAUAAUAUCUAUCAGCUUGGAAUAUGCUUUGGUGCUUUCCUCCAAUUUUCUGGUACCAGUUACUUGUUUAUAAAUGGAAUCUUUUCUGUAUAUAGCCAUGGUUUCAUUCUCAUCUGUGUGACCAUUUCCUUGACACAACAGAUCUUAUUAAACCACCGCUUUUAGCCAAAACAAGGCAUAUACCGAGAUAUCAAGUGAGAUGGAAUCCAACUUAACUGGUAAGGAAAUCUGAUGACAUCAUAACUCAUGUUGAGUUUGUUCUAUGAUGUCACCAGAAUCCCAAACAAACAUAUAGCCUUUCUGAUAACUUCUUUUUAUCUUAUUAAAAAAUCAUGAUUCAUUGAUGUCCUAAUAAAACCACCAAGCAUCUCAGUUCCCCUGUCCCAGCUCUUGUUUCACUUGCUCAAAUGUCUAUAUUUCCAAGGUAAGUUAUACUUACCUUGGGCAUCUUGUUUCUUCCAUUUUAACUUCCUUCUGUUUUAUUUCUCUCCCCUUUAAUAUUGCAUGUGAAGAAGAAAAUAGUGUUUAAAGAAAGAGAAAAAAAAGCAAACCUUGAACAUGUGGACCUAUCCAUUGCUUUACUAGCCUGUAACCCACAGCUGGAGUUCAUUCAACACUUGCUUUUCACAAUAUAGUAACCAGGAGAUGUUUAGUGUGCCUGAUUUAAUGUUUUUAAUAAUCAGAGCAAAUAAAAAGGUGGUUUAGUUCUAGGUGAAGCACUGUUGAAUGCCAGCUGUGGAGACACUGGGGAAGGGAGCUUUGUAAGCCCCAAUUGUGAAAGUUCAAAUUAUGAUAUGGGGCUAUAACAUUGCACCCUUGAAUUACAACUGAUUUUAUAUAGCCUGUCUAUAAUGUCAGAAAUCCAUGUACUCCAUAAUAAUUCAGAAGGGCUCUAUUCACUACACAGAUUAUUUUGUUCAAUCAUCAGCUUUUAAUUGCCUAAGAUUUAUUAGUUUUUUCUUAAGCUUAUGGAACCAGCAAUGCUGUUCAGGUGGGUGAAUGCAGAUGAACUACUGGAGAAACAAAGCAAGCAAGCCAGCCCAGGGUUUCCAUGGGAUGGUCUUGUUCUGCCAGAUAAAGGCAGUGUCUUUGGCUACUGAUGGAAUCCCAUGGAUGUAGCAAAGGUUGCUCCACCCUUCUGCAUAAUUCUCAUUUAUGUUUUCAGCAACUUUAGUGGACUUGCUUAUCAUGAAAAGUAGCUAGGACCCAAACCACAGUUGUGCCUCCUUGAAAUAAGCCAUUCUACUGUGCUGGUGUUUUAAUACCAUGUCUCAUAAAUAAUAGGGACUAAUGUUUCUCGCUAGCAGUCUAGGCAGGUGCUGGUCUUUCAUCUCCAUAUUGAUAUGUGCAGGCUAGUGUGUGUGUGUGUGUGUGUGUGUGUGUGUGUGUGUGUGUGUGUUUUAAGAAACAGUAUUUUACAGAAGGUGUCAUUUUUAUAUAAAUUCAGGAAAGGAAGGAUGUGUUUUAUUUCUCACACUGUAGUUUAAAAUUCUAUUUUGAAGAAUAAAAGUAGGAGGGUUGUGACGCAUGAUUUUUAUAACUAGAUUCAGUUUUAUCUAAUAAAUUACUUUUAAAAUCAAUAUUUAGCAACCAUCUUUCCAUAUAUGCAUUGCUUUUGAGAGACAAUUUUGAGUGUUCAGUAAAAUGUAGGACUUGAAUAUAUGGUCUAAGAAUCAAAACAUGCUAAGAAAAAGUAAAUGAACUAGAUUUUCUAUUAUAUUUUAGACAAGCAUAUCAUUUUCAAGUAUUUUAAAUACUGAAUUCGUAUUUUUUUUAAAUCCAGCAGUAACAGAAUGGUUUAACCAGAGUAGCUUCCUUGGGAAUGUUUAAGACUUAACUUUAAAAGGAACUUGACAUUUAUAACUGGUUUGAAAUAAAAACUUAUUUUGAAAUUUUCUUUUUAGAACAUCUAUGUGUUCCUUAACUCCUCUCAAGAAAGGAGAAAAGAAUAAAUCAAUGAUUCUUUGAGUUUUCAAUUUUUAAUUUUUAUUUUGUAUUUUGAUUUAAGUAAACAAAACUUAUCUUUCUUUACUGCAUGCAUAGCACUUCAUGAAAUGGAUUUUUUUUUUCACUUAACGAUCAACUAGGAACAUCAGAAUGUCCAGGAAAUGGUCUAUCACUAAAUUGAUUUAGUUUACUGAAGUCCCAGCUCUCGAUUGAAAUUUGUAGCUGUUAAGCUGAAUGCUUUUGCAGUUAAGAACUUGCCUGGGGUUUUGUUGUGUGUUUUUUUUUAAUUCAGCAACUUGACAGUUUGACUGAUGUGUAUUAUUUAUAGCUUAAUUAUGUCUGUUUUUUAUGCUAAGUAGGCAAGCCAACCACACACAUUAGCAAACCUUCCUCAACAUAUAAUUAGAAUAAACUGCCUUCUUGUUACACUCAGGACCUUUAGGUAUACUCACAGAAUGGAAAAUACUCAAUGAAGAUGCUAGUUAGUUGUCAGUGCUUCUUGAAAUCCCAAUUGGAGAGAUUUACUGACCAAAUCCAACAGGGGAAUUUGAGUAGUAAGGAUUUCACUUAAAGGUCCAGCCUUCUUUCACCCAGAGAAUCUGCCUGCAAUGCCCUCUUCUAUGUUUUGUACAUUAAGAAGGACAUCAUUUUAACCUCAUUCUUCUCUUCCAGCCAGUUACAAUGUCAUCCGUAGCAUUGGCCUCCAGAGGGAGGUUUUUGAAGUACCAUGUCUUCUCACUUGUGUGUCUUGUUUUAUCACACGAUCUGCCUCUGAAAUCCCUGCCAACCUCCUGGGCACUUCUCCAGGGCCUCCCUGCCUGAUACCCUGGGAGCCAAUGACUUAGUAUACCUUAGAACAUUUCUGCCAGGUGAAUCCUCACUCAGACAGAGGCAUGCAUGUCCUAAUUGUUUCUCUUUGACACAUUUCUCAAUAUAUGAUGCUGAGGUAGGUAGUGUGGAAGUUUUAGCCACGGAUGAAUGUACUAAAUUCAAAGCCAGGUGUUUGGGCAGAUAUUUUUCCUUUAUACUCCAAUGCAUCCUUCUGCAACCCCCACAUCAGUAUGUGCAAAUCACCAUCUCACGACGGCCUAUAGAAGACCAACAGUGGUUGCUGUUAGAAUAUAUGUUAUAAAAGGUCCCUGGGAAGUUACCUUAACAUCAAAUAAAAUGUACCACAUAUUCUGAGAGAGAGGUAUCAAUUGUGAAUGUGCAGAUGGUUGUUUUAUUAAAGAAAAUUUUGGUGGGUUGAGUUUAUCUUUAAAUUCAUCAACCAGCUUUGGUAAAAGACCACCAGCCUUUGACUGGGUUUAUUUUUUUUAGUAUCAAUAACUGCUAUAAAAACCAUCUAAGAAAAUAUGUCUGUAUGUAUGUGUGUAUACAGUGGAAUUUAAGGACCAAAGCAAAAAAUUUGGACAGGAAUCUAUUAAUUUAGAAUUUUAUAAGAUAUUUAUUAAUAAAUGUUAUUUUUAAACAUUCCAUUUGAACAGUAUUCUUCUGUAGGAUCUACUUGUUUUUUAAAAGUAUUAGUCCAUAGUGAAUUCUUCUAGAUAUGUGUUCUUAUUUUUAUCAGGGUUUAAAAUGGCUGUGCUUCCUCAUUAGAUAGAAAUAUUUGCUUCAAUCUCAGAACAAUUUAUUGCUCUGUGAGGUAUUUGUUCAUGUUCAUUCUGAACAAGUCUACUUUUUAACUUUUGUUUUUCUCUCUUCUUUUCUUUCCUAUUUUCCCCUUCUUUUUUGUAUUCAGGGCAUUGUGCUCUGUUUGUCGUUGUUGUUGUUGUUGUUGUUGUUUGUUGUAUGCUGGCACUGUACCAUUUGAGCCACACAUCCACUUCCAGCUUUUUGCUGGUUAAUUGGAGAUAAGAGUCUCGCAGAUUUGUCUGUCUAGGCUGGCUUUG